UCAGAGGGUUGUUCGCAGGAAAGGAGACAGACAGUAGUCAUCUCGACUGGGAUAAGGACUUAAGAAGUGGACAGCUGUGACCCUGACCCGACCUAAACAUGGAGAAUGGCAGGCAUGAGGAAAAGACAGAGGAUGUGUCUGAAGAUAAAGAAGAAACUGUGGACGAGGCUAACCUGGAGAUCGCUCAGCUGCAGGGCCUGGUGGCUGAGCUGCGCGAGGGGCUCCACUCUGCUCUGACAGAGCUGUGCGAGCUGCGUCACAGGGACCAGGGCCUGGAGGAGAAGAUCCAGGCCCAUCAGACCGAUGUGGAUGAUAAGAUCAUGGGCCUCAAGAACUCGCUCAACACCUUCAAGGAGGAGCUGAACGUGGCUUUGCAUGAAAUGAAAGAUGUAUCCAGCAAACAGAAAGAGAUUCAGAGGAGGAUGGAGCUUCAGCUACAGGCGGAAAACACCAAUGACAUCAUCGCUCUUCCACAGAGAAAGCAUUCCAAGGCAGACGUGCUGAUGGCUUCAGGGGACGAACAGAUCUGUGUGCCCAGCCAAUCAGAGCUCAGUGUUAUUCAUCACCUGUUCUCCAGUCUGCCACAUAGUGGGUCAUCACCACAGCGAGGCAACACAUUUACACAGACGUCUACCUUUGAGCAGGAGUCUCAGCUGCAGCAGAGAGGUUGUCUGUCCAUGUCUCCAACAUGGGGAGAGAGGAAGAGCAGCAGAGACGACGUGGACACUCUCAGCAGCCAGACUGAAAACAAUAAGAGGCAGAGAGCAGCUCUGGAGCUGCUGGAGUCAGAGCGAGUUUAUGUCUCCCACUUGUCUCUGUUGCUGAAGGCCAACAUCUCCUUCAAUGGAUCAGAGGGGCUGCCAUCCAAAGACAAACGUCCAUUCCCCAGCUCUCUGAGGUUUCUGAUCCAGCAGCAUCUCGAGCUCCUCCACACUCUCCAGGAACGCGUGCUCAAGUGCCAAUGGCAAGGCAUUAUGGGGGAUGUGUUCAUGAGGCUCACGAGCAAAGAGAGUGAUUUCCUGGACUUUUACAUUUCCUACCUGAAGGAGCUCCCGGACUGUUUGUCGGUCGUCACCAUGCUUGCCUCCAGCUCCAUGAAAUCGUCUGCCCUCCUGGAGAGUGACAUCAUGGGCGACGAAUCCAAACCGUCACUCCACACUCUACUGCUUCAGCCUGUUCAGAGGAUCCCAGAGUACCUGCUGCUGCUGCAGGGGCUGCUGAGGCAGACAGAGGCAGAGCACCCAGAUUACUACCUGCUGCUGGUGUGCAUCCAGCAGUUUCAGUCUUUCACAGCUCAAUAUCACAACCUCCUCCAACACAACCAGGAGCUCCUGCUGCACAACCAGAAGGAGGUGACGAGGUCGACUAUGAAACAGCUGUUAAAAACCGUGGAGAGUGGAAUUAAAGCAAACAACAUUGGCUCACCGUAUCCAUGCAGCAGUGCCAUGUUGGAACAUGCAAACCAGGUGAAGCACAGCAAACAGCGCCUCCUGGAGCAGAUGCAGUCUCGUUUCCAGGACUGGGGGCAGGAUCCUAAACCACACUGUUACAACACCGAGUGGCCCUCCCACCUCCCGUUCUUCAGUCCUGAUCUGGACUCACGCAGCCAUAACCCAACAGGUCUUGUCAGAAUCCCAGAGAGUGAAGCAUCUGAGAGGUCGUUGUCAUGCCAGCAUCAUCCUCCCUCCAGACCUGCAGAUUUCCGUCAGGUUCAGCCUGGUUCUGCUCUGGCUGAUGCUCUUGGAGAGUUCCUUCUCCCUCCAGACCCUCCAGGGAUGGAGAGCCUCUAUGAGGAGGACAGAGGCUCCCUCCACGAUGUCUCUAUGUUUGACCGCUGCUCCUCCGGCUCUUCAGAUUCCUCCAUUGAUAUUGCCUUCGUCAAAUGCCCCAAAGGCCCGUCAGCAUCACGCCACGCAAUGGAAGCGAAUGUGUCGUCCACACAUAAUGUCUUUGGUAACGGUGGAAGUCGAGGCGGCGGUUACAGCAAACUGCCCAACCGAGGAUGUGUGUCCCCAGACGAAGCUAUUAUGAUGCGCCACAAUCAGCAUCGCCCCCUUCAGGCCAGCCAGCGUAAAAGCAAGUCCCUGAAUGGCCUUCAGAUGGAGACCACAGUGAGUGGACUGGAUAGUGGACCUCUGUCAAACCACAUCCAAAGAGCUGGACUGGGCAGUCACGCUAAGCUGGAGCGUCAGGGCAGUAAAGGCAGCAAUCGGUGUCCAACCCCGUCCCGUAAGGUCCACAGUCCACUGGGGAACAGAGUGGACACAGACAAACAGAGCGACGAUCUUCAUGGACUGCUCAGUACUGACUCUGGGAUCCAGUCUUGGGGGGACGAGUCAAAGUGGAGGAGUGGGACUGAGGAGAUCAACCACUCAGCGUUCAGUGAGAGGAGUCGGAAACAGGACAAAGGAGGCUUCAGGAGCUCGUUCAAGAAACUCUUCAAGAAGAAAAGCAGUGAUGAGAAGAAAGAAAAGGGAGGUGAGAAAACACCAGAGAACCACAACAGCAGUGAACGCGAGAUGCCGGGGAAGAAAUUAGUUCAUCUGGAGAUAAACCGUGGCACAGCUGUAUGAACAUCCCUCUGUCACACACAGAAACACUGGUUCACACAGGUUCACACUGGUCAUCCAUGCUUAAGCACACAUAAGCUACGUGAACACUUAUCUUACUGUAUAAAUAUUGUACAGGUCCGAGCAGUUUAUUAAAGCAGCAUUUUUUCUUUACAUUUCAUACUGACGUUUAUGAGUAAACACCUCUGCUUCUCUCACUGAGGAACAUUUUUGAUUGUAAUGCCAGAAAGACCAAGAGUAGAUUACUACACAAGUGCAUGUAAAGUGGUAGGAGAAUGUGUUACUAACCAUCUUGGCAAUUGUGAAUGUUUAAAAUUGUAGCUCAUUUUUUUAAAGAUGAGGUUUUAAAUCAUGCCAAAUUCAGCAACAUUCUGUGCUCUGACAAGCAGCUGUGUUUGUACAUAAUAUUAACCUAAAAUGCUCGGGGACCAAACUACUUGUGUGUGUGUGCAUGUGCAGUUACCAUUGAAUGAAUGGGUUAACCGGGGGUUUGUAUAUCAUGAAAGUCUUUGAGGAGGAGUUAAGCUUCUGCAUGUCAUUAAGCCAUAUUUUUUAGACACACCCAAAAGAUCCUGGAACAAAAGUCGACCGAGAGAAACAGUUUUCAGUCUUUACUCUGUAAUUCUUUACUCACCAUAUGGCUUUUUCCCCCCACUGGUUCUCAGCCUCUAUUUUCUUUUAACCGACCAAGACUUAACUAGCAUUAGCCUAAAGUAGCACCCAACUGACAUCCCGUCUUACCUUCCAUUGUGGGAUUUGAAGUGUGUAGUGGUGUCAUUGUGGCUCGGUUACCAGGUUCAGGCCGCAAAAGCCGACACCCAAUGUUUUCUGUUUCAAAAAAGGUAAUUUUUGUCAUAUUCUUUUACCAGCAUUAGUCAAGCAAGUCUCAAGUCGUCAAAUUUGCGAAAUUCAGACUCGAGUAACAUUGUAUACACACACAUGCACAUGCACACUGUACAAAUAGCUCUGCUGAGCCUCCAGUUUCACCUUUAACCCCCUUAUGCUUCUCGCUGACAUUUGCAGCUGCUUAGUUUCUUAAACUAUACACACAGAUUAUCAUACUGCACAGUUAGGAGAACAACCAUGAUUCUAUAUAUUUUCCAUUAUGUUAAAACGUUUCGUUGUUGUUGCCCUGAAUAGAAUUCUGUUAUUGGAAGAUGAAUGAGGCAAUGAGGAGACACCAGGAAUGGUCAAAGAUGUAUUCAAUAAAUUAUUAUGAAAACAGUCA